AUGCAGAUGGAAAAUAUGCUGUUAAAAGUUUACUCCUUGAUGGUAUUAAUGUUAGACUUAUUAACACUACUUUUUGGAAUAAUAAUAUCGAUAAUUGUCGCAUUUUACCGCACAUUAAGACCACCGGCAAUGAAAAGCCUCCACGGAGAAGUGGCUGUGGUAAUAGGAGCCGGCCGCGGCGUUGGACGCGAAAUAGCGUUUCAAUUAUGUCUGCUGGGUGUUAAAGUUGCUUGUAUUGAUAAAAAUGAUAAAAUGUGCAAAGCUACUGUCCAACAGGCUUCACGUGAUUCUGCUGUUAUUAAGCCUUAUAUUUGUGAUAUUACUGAUAAGAAACAACUUCUAGAGUCAAUACUACCCGGAAUGCAACGCUUAGGCAGAGGCCACAUAGUCGCGCUGUCUUCUGUAGCCGGAUUUUCAGGAGCAGCGAGCCGCAGUGCUCGUGUUCCUUUUUCAACAGCCCAAUUCGCGAUCCAGGGAUUCACCGAGUCCCUCCAAGCCGAGCUGAGACAGUCCAACAGCAACAUUAUAAUCACUCUAGUCCACAUUUAUCCCUUCAUAAUCGACAGCGAAACCGCUAAUGACAUUCGUCUGAGAAUACCAAGUUACUUUGGUACAAUGCCGGCAUCUGAAGCCGCCAGGAAAAUCCUGGACGGCGUCAGAAGAAACUAUGCCGAGUUCAGUAUUCCUGGUUAUUUAUUGUACCUCGGACAUGUUCUCAGGUACCAAUAA